AAGUUCAUAAAAUCCUCUUUUCACCCAGCAGACAACAGUGGCAUCGUCUACUCUAAUUAGAGAGCAUGCUUUGAGGUUUUUAUUCCAACUGAAAAGAAUUUCUCGUCUUGUGCUUUUAAAAAGUUUUCAGUUAGUUUUGCAAGCAUCAAGCAGCAGCUUCAUGCAGAUUUGCAGCCGUAAUAUUAGAUUCUCAUUACAAAGCAAUGCACAAGAUCCUCCGCGCAGGUCGAAAUGUAAUUUAAAGUUUAGCUAAAAAUGAAUCUUAGUCUAAAGCCACCAGACAUGAAAUUUACAUUAUUAUCGUGUUAGAAUACUAAUAAUAAAAUCACUUCUUAAAAUCCAUAUUUUGAUCGCGUAAAAGAGAAAGUCUGGAAUGUGCCACGGUGUUAAUAAAGAUCUGUUUGUGGGUGCAAAUAAAUGAAAAAAAGAGAGAAAAUCUUGCAUUGGGUUUUCAGAAGGAUUUGAAAUAAGCAGAUUUUUUUAAUAAUUAAGAUAAUAAUAAUAAUAAUAAUUUACCCGACAAAGACGAACGCAUUUUCCACCUUCCUGUUUUAAUAAUUAAAUAUGAUUGAUUAUUUUACUUCUUCACAGAUUCGCAAAUGUCAAAUCUGCUUUAUAUCGUUAUUACUGGUUUGAAAUUUCAGAAAUGAUCUUUUCUUUAAAAUGGUCAUAAAUCAAUCCCCCGAAUUUAAAUGACUUACUGCAAAAUAUAACACACUUAUUUACAUGUUCACGCCAAUAAAAUCUCCUCCGUUUGAGAACAUCUGACUGUUGACUUUAUUCUGCUGCCUGCAGGUUAAAAUAUCCCUCCAAAUAAAUAAAUCACGAGCAGAGUUCUUACAACAUUUCCAAAGACGCGAAUUAAAUCCCAUUUUCAGCUGAAAGGUUUAGCUGUAGAAAAAUUAUUGCCUCAUUUUGGACGUCUAAACAUGCUGUAAAUUAAAGUCACUUUUGAUUGUUUCCUCGAAUUCGUUGUGGGUCUCCAAUCACUUUAAACUGCUGUUUGGUUUGGAUUCAGGGCGUAGGAGGAGUGGGAGGAGGGCGCUUUUUCAUAUUCAGAGAGGGGGUGCUCUUUAAGGAUCUCGUUCUCUUUGGGGCUAUAAAGACGUUGUGCCUUCAAGACAGAGCAAAUUAUCUUCAUCGGCGAAUUAUUGCUUUACAAGACGUCUCUCUACUCGUCGGUGCGCGAAGCGAUUAGUUUCUCUUUUUUCUUUUUUUAUGGUGACAUUUGAUUAGAGCGAGCGGUUUUCGGUGAAGAUGAUGGAGUACAUGGAGGAUAAGUUUGCCUUGAAAAGCCAAGCGAUGAAGGCCAGCGAUUACUACAUGGAUCAAGUCAUGGAGAGCCUGGACAGCGCGCAGUACUUCACCAAGUCUUCCCCAAAAUGUGUGCAGGCCUUCGGGCUGCAGAGCGGCGAGCACCGCUCCUCUCCCUGCGGGGAUCAAACCCCCAGUUACAGUGUGCCAAAAACAGAUGAAGACACCUUGCACUCUGACCUCGGGAGGCCCAUGGACAGUUGUUGCACUCUGCGGGCGUCUCCGGUGACAACCGGAUCGGAGAAAACCGAUUUGGAUGACAUGGGAGACAAGUGCGACAGUAACGUGUCCAGCAGCAAGAAGAGGAGACACCGGACGACCUUCACCAGCGCGCAGCUCGAGGAGCUGGAGAAAGUGUUUCAGAAGACACACUAUCCAGAUGUUUAUGUGAGGGAACAGCUGGCAAUGAGGACGGAAUUAACAGAGGCUAGAGUGCAGGUGUGGUUUCAAAACAGAAGGGCAAAGUGGAGGAAAAGAGAGCGCUACGGGCAAAUCCAACAAGCCAAAAGUCACUUUGCAGCCGCCUACGAUUUAUCCGUGCUACCGAGGACAGACAGCUACACACAGAUCCCCAACAAUCUGUGGCCGAGCCCAGCUCCUGGCAGCUCUGUGGUCUCCUCUUGCAUGCUGCCCCGAGGUUCCCCUCCUUGUGUCACUUCCUACUCCCACUCCCCUCGUUCGGCCGCCACUGCUGCUGACCAUGGCUACAUGGGCUUCCCAAAUCAGCAGAACCAAUUUGGCCACGUCUCUCUCAAUAACUUCUUCAGUGCAGACUCGCUUCUCACGCCGGCAAGCAACCCAGCUUUUGACACCAAACCUGAGUUUGAGAGGCGGUCAUCCAGCAUCGCCGUGCUUCGCAUGAAGGCCAAAGAGCACACAGCCAACAUCUCGUGGGCCAUGUGAUCAGGGUUCCCGGAAAGCCCGGAUACUGUGUGGGAAUUUUUUUUUUUUCAAUUAUCACUUUUUACACAGCAAAAGUGAACUGUUCUGAAAAAACGCUCUAUGUCACUCACAGUGAAGCUCUAACAAACUUUCUUUGCUCGGUGGACUCGAGUUCACUCUCCUACUACUUAUGGUUCUGUGCUUAUUAAAAAAAUAAUACACUCAAGCUCGGACCAUAAAAUUGAACUAGCCAUGAAAGUGUAUGACAAUCAGCUGUGUUUCUGGCUGAGGCCUGUUUGAACUAAUUGAAAGUUUCAUCAGACGGAACCAAAACAUUCAUAUCAUCCAGAAGUUCAAGGUAAUGGUCCCAGCAAAUAUUGUCCACUCUGGUGAGAAGAGACAUUUAAUGAACCUUUGUGAUCGGUGGAGAUGAAAGCUGUGAUUUGUAUAAGCUUUGUUGUUGUUGUUUUUCUUUUCCUAUCACCAUUUCCUCUCGACAGAGACAAUAACAAAAACCAAAGGCUACCCUGGGAUUUGGUACCACUUUGUGUACACUUGGAUCCAGAGAGAGGGGUCCAAAACCACUUCAGUAUUUCCAAGCACUGUGAAUAGCUUUCUUCUACCUUUCAUAUUUCUCCCUGUCUCAGGACUGAAGAUGAGCAGAGCAGAGGAAAAACUUACUGGCGUACUAACGUGUCCGUGUGCUUUGCAGCAAAGCUGUAAUCUCUGUUUUCUGCCUUUGUUCUGUAUCAAAAGAGGCAGGUGUUUUUUUUAAAAUCAUGUUUGUGCUAUAAAUUUAUUUGAUGGAAUCGUAAUAAAUGGAUUUUACUUGA